AUGUUUAUCUUCCGUUCUCAUGUGGAUCUGUGUGCCUUUGUAUCAUGGUCUGUUGUUCUGGCGUGGACGUCCUGUAAAGGAGCACCCACGGAGACGCCGAGUGUCCGUUCGAUUGUGGGUGGCAAGGACUCGCGGAGUCGUUCUUGGCCGUGGCAGGCUGGAGUGUUAGUGUCGAGGGAGGGAUUCGUGUGUGGAGGUACCCUCAUAGAGUACGAUACCGUCCUCACGGCGGCACACUGUGUCCGGGGGCGCAAAGUUGACAAUUUAACGGUAGUGUUGGGGGACUACAACCGAGACGUUCCGGAGGGUACGGAGCAGUACAUCAAAGUGAUAUAUACAUCGUUGCACCCUCUCUACAAAGACGAUUUCUUGGGAGGAUAUGACAUCGCCCUAAUCCACCUGAAAACCAACGCUACGGACACCCCGGGUGUGAGACCGAUCCCUGCCCUGGCCAGACGUAAUCAGAGACUGUCCAACAACGACUGUUACAUCACGGGGUGGGGAGUUGUGACGCAGGAUGAGGAAGAGGAGGAGGAUGAGGAGGGUGGGGAGAAUGACAAGGAAGAGGAGGGCUUCCCUAAGCCGUUAAUGAUGAAUGCAGACAAAGUUAUCCUAUUUUCAAAGAGAAUUGACUUCAGUCUCCACUACGGCAGAAUAUAA